CGCGUUUUACUCGGUGGGCGUGGUUAUUCAAAUUACAAGCUGUCUGAGCGUACUUUAAUAUUUAAAAAAAAAAAAAAAAAAACGCCCGUCUCUAUCUAGUCGGACCGCAGAAGCCGGCAAAGACACCCUAUGGUAAGAGUCGCGACCGGGCGGUGAGAAAGCAAAGAGUCCGCAGCCCGACAUGCCACCUCACAUGGAGGAAUACUUUGACCACGAGUCCCGCGUGCCCUCUGCUUACGGGCUGACCCGGGAUGACGAGCUGGAGCCGGGCGUCAUCAGCUGCAUGCUGGUGGGCGACGGCGCCGUGGGCAAGACCAGCAUGAUCGUCAGCUACACCUCCAACGGAUACCCGGUGGACUACAAGCAGACCGGCUUUGACGUCUUCUCCGGUCAGGUCCAAGUGGAUGGAUCUCCAGUCAGAGUUCAGCUGGUGGACACUGCAGGACAGGAGGAGUUUGAUAAGUUUCGGUCCCUGCCUUACUCACACACGGACGUCUUCCUGCUGUGCUUCAGCAUGGUCAACCCCGCCUCCUUCCACAACAUCACCAAGAAGUGGGUGCCCGAGAUCCGCGCCUGCAACUCCACCUCGCCCAUCGUCCUGGUGGGCACGCAGUCGGACCUCCUGCUGGACGUCAACGUGCUCAUCGGCUUGGAUCGCAACAGCGUCAAGCCAGUGGCCAGCUCGCGGGCGCGAGGCUUGGCGGACAAGAUCCGGGCGGCGGAUUACGUGGAGUGCUCAUCGCUCACGCAGAAGAACCUAAAGGAAGCGUUCGACGCCGCCAUCUUUGCCGCCAUCAAGAACAAGGCGCGGCAGGCCAAGAAAAGGCGGUCGUCGGACAGGCGCACCAAGGCCUUCUCCAGAUGCAGCUGGAAGAAGUUCUUCUGCUUUGUCUGAGCUGACCGGGACUGGCGACCCUCUGGGUUGUGGACACAAAUUCUCAAUUUAUGCGCAGCUUUGGUCUGUGAAAGAUUCUGCGUGGAAGUGACGUUCAGGAAAUAGAAUCAGGAGACGGUUUUGGAGUCCCAUCGAGGACUGUAGUCUUGUUUACGAACACUUUACGUCGGAAUACGCAGCUACGUGAACCACUACGCUGCCAGUGGUUCUUCUGGGUAAUCUGUUACAUUGGAAAAUGGGUAAAUAAGUUACCUAGCUGCAAAUUGAUACUAUCGCAAAAGCCCUGAAAAGGCAGUAUGGAAAGUUGUUAGAGCAUUUAUUCAAUAUCCUGGAUAUCCAUCUUUAAGAUCCAUGUACUAGUACGCUCGCUGUCCUCACUUGUAAAAUAGUAUGUAGUCACAUUAUAAAAUUCUACAAGUCUUCCUCUUAGUCAGAAACCAGGUACUAGUAAGGGCACAGAUGUCAACUAGUGCACAGUUUUGUCUCACUAGCAACAUGUCCUACUAGCAUGCAAAAAUGUCAUAAAAUUGUGGAAAAACAUAAGACAGUCAGUUUACUCGUACUUUAUUUCAAAUAUUGAAUCAUCUUACUAGUGAGGACAAAGAGCAUGAGUGAUAUUGAAUAAAUGCUCAAACGGCUUUCCAUCGGUAUGCGUUGUAGGUGUUUACAUCUUAACUAAGUGUGGUUUCAGAUGGACUAACCGUGAACAACGAAGUUGUAUUCCUACGUUGGCGAGGUAACACAAAUUUGUACGCAAGUCGGAAAGGUCUAAGCAUACACUGACGUAUGCUAGUGCAGUAGUAAAGUCAUAAUUACAGUAGAUCUAUGCAUGAAAAAACUUCUAGGAUCAUGCGAAGUUUGAUGAAAUCUGAUCUUUUUUGGUAGUACAGGGAGUCCUCAGUUUAUGACAAGAGUUUCGUUACUACGGCUAGCCUGAAUUUGGUCGUAAGUCGGAACGUGCCAUAGUCUAUCAUUAACACAGAAGUUAUAAUUACAGUAAAUAUUUACGUGGAAAAAAAAAAAAACACUCCCAGCCCCAAUGAAGUCCAAUGAAAAACAGUAAGUAUGGCAGGAACUCAGCGUGCCUUCUUGCAUGACCACAUAUUCAUACGCUACCAAGCAAACUAGUUCAUCGCAUGACAUUUGAAACCUCGUAUGUCGGCUACCGUCUUAAACCGCGAAUCCCUUAUGAUUUCCACGCACCCCAUGUAAAUGUACCGAUGUUCGGUCAUUGUGUUGAACAGGGACAAGAUGCAAAUGACAUUUGCAUGCUCGUAUGUAUGUGUGGUGCGACAGAAGAGGGCGUGAAGGCCAGUUUCAGCACACGAGCAUCAAAAAGCGCUGCUCUCCUGUUUUUGUUUUGAACGCAUUACCCACUGCGUCGGGUUGCGGUGCAUAAGGAGAAGUGCUACAUUCUUGCCUGAGUGCUAAUGGACGCUGCCCUGACUGGUUUUUGUGCCUUAAUUACAUGACGGUGACUUUUUGCAAUGUUGCGAAAAGGAACGCAUGUACUGCAUUGCUAGUUUGAAGAACAGGAAAGCGGUUACAGGAGGGCAGUCAGCUUUGACUUUCAGCCCUCCCGAUGACAAUCAGCCUAGAUCCUCUAGAUCAGGGUUGUCAGACACAUUUUUUGUCGCAGGCCACUACAUAGGUAAGGUUACCCCCAGAGGGCCUUUAACUGGGAAAACCAUGUAAAUGUAUAAUAGCCUCAUCAUAUUAUUACAUACAUACAAUUGUCCCUGCAUUUGAUUGGUUAUUAUAUAUUUUUAACAACAAACUAAACUCAGUCGUGGACAAAAUGGCAUGUAAAUAUAGUAGCUAAAAGGGGAUUUGUGAAAAAAUGCUUUGAAUAUCUAUUAAAAGUGGAUAAUAUUAGAUUUAUUUGGGCAAAAUGAAAUGGGCGAAACCAUUUAAUAAGAAAUGUGAAGUAAACACACUUUUGAGUUUGACGCCUAUGCAGAUUGUACCGUCUCUCUUAUAACUCAGUGUUUAACCAGAGACACAUUUUAAUAUUUAAAAAGAAUACAUAUUUUACCUUGUAAAUUAUCUUUCGUCCACUAAAUCUAAAAAAACAACAACAAGGGUUCGAUAUGAUUUAUUAUAAAGGAAAUGAAAUUUGAGCUUGUUAACACCACUCUUUUUCCAUUUACCAACACACUGCCACAAAACCAGAAAAAGGACAGGAAGUACGGCAUAAACUACCAGGGGUCCUCAGUUUACAACAGAGAUGUGUUCUGAAAGGCGGGGACGUAACCAGACUUGCCAUGCAAGUCGGAAUGUGCCACAGUCUAUCACUAACACAGUAGUAAAGUUAUAAUUCCAAUAUUUGUAUUAAAAAAAAAAUCUAGGCCAUAAAUAUAAAACUUCGCAAACUGAUAAACCCCCUUGUACUACAAAAAUAACAAAAAAACAAGUUUUUUUGGUAUGCAAUUAAUUUGCUCCACAAAAUAAAUUAAAUGAAUCAAUACGGAGCCAGUGCCAUCUAGUGGAACAGGUGGGGCACAGACCCGCUUGCCCCAAAUACAAAAAUAAGUCAUAUUUAGCUCUCCAGUGUAAUAAUAACCUUACGUGUAUAUAUCAUUGAUCAGAACUGGAUGUUUAUUAUGCUUCUUGUGGAAGUGGCCUGAAUGUAUUCUGUUUGUUCAAACAAUUGUUGACACAAAAGUGGAUUUUCUAUGCAAACUUUUUUUUUUUGUAUCACUUACAUGCUAGUGUGCCUCUCUCUCCUCUAACCUGUGUGUCUUUUUAUUUACAUGUCAGAGUGACGUGACGCAAAUAAAUGAAGUGCAAAUUACA